AUGGCGCAGAGUGCUGACCUGUGGCGAGCUGCCCCCUGGUGCAGCUCUUUCUGCAGGGUCCCGGCUGGCAAAGAAGCGUGCUCUUACAGAGGCUGCUCAUCAGAAGAGCAUCUAGGAAUGGCCUCGCAGACGAUUGUGACGAUCCAGCCACAGUAUGGCAUGCCCGCUGCCUCGAGGUGCAUUUGGCAGACGGGGCUGAUGGACUGCUGCUCAGACUGCGGAGUCUGCUGCUGUGGGAUGUUCUGCUUCCCCUGCCUCGCCUGCCAAGUGGCCGGGGACAUGAACGAGUGCUGCCUGUGUGGGACCAGCGUGGCCAUGAGGACCCUCUACCGCACCAGAUACAACAUCCCGGUCAGUGGGUAACCUGCCCCCUCACCCUGCUGCGAGGCUGAAAGGCGAGGUGGCCCCCAGGGAGGUGGUGGAUUCACUGUCCCUGGAGGUUUUUAAGAUGAGACUGGAUGUGGCAUUUCGGGCCAUGCUCUAGUAACCACGGCAGUGUUGGAUCAAGGGUUGGGCUUGAUGAUCUGGGAGGUCUUUUCCAACCCAGUUUAUUCGAUGAUUCUAUGGGGGAUGAGCAAAGGGCAGCAGUGCUUUCCCCUCCCCAUUGUUUUCCCUUCCGUAUCCUGCAUGAUGCCAGA